GUGCGCGCGCGCGCACCAGAUCAAAAAACACCGCGUCCACAGGGGAGAUGCUGCAAAGGAAAACUGAUGCAACAAGAGAACAGUUGAUCCAUCUGCGUCUUCAGCACACAUCAUCCUGUCCACUGCAGUCCUAUCGCAAAACUGCACGCAGCUUGGCAGCACACACGCGCGCGGACAGAGACGCUGACUCAGACGGAUGGAUGCUGCCAGUGCGCCCCCAGCGGCCAUGCGGCGCCGCUGCCGCUCCUGCGCCCGCGUUAAAAAGCGGCGGGGCGGCGAGCAGGGGCCACAGUGUGGAGUUUGUUUCAGCCGGAGACACCGAAAAAGUUAGCAGCGGAUUUUUUGCCCACUCUCCGUCACUUUUUCAUCACUGGUGUCUGACCUGCAGCAGCAUCCCACAGGAGCGGCGUCUUCAUCACCUUCAUCAUCAUGGCAAACAAAGCACAACAGCCUCCUCACCUGCACCUGGCCGAGGUCACCGCGUCCCAGUUCCUUGAUAUUUGGAAACAUUUCGAUGUGGACGGAAAUGGAUACAUCGAGGGGAAGGAGCUGGAGAACUUCUUCAGGGAGCUGGAGACGGCUCGGAGAGGAGCGGGAGUGGACCCAACAAACCCCACAUUCAGAGAAAGGAUGAAGGAGUUCAUGCAGAAGUUCGACAAGAACAAAGAUGGACGCAUCGAGAUGUCAGAGCUGGCCCAGAUUCUCCCCACCGAAGAGAACUUCUUGCUCUGCUUCAGACAGUUUGUCAGCUCCAGUGCUGAGUUCAUGGCGGCGUGGAGGCGAUAUGAUACAGAUCGCAGCGGCUACAUUGAAGCAAAUGAGCUGAAGGGCUUUCUGUCGGACCUGCUGGAAAAGGCAAACAGACACUAUGAUGAACAGAAGCUGCAGGAGUACACACAGACCAUACUCAGGAUGUUUGAUCUGAAUGGAGAUGGAAAGCUGGGUCUCUCAGAGAUGGCAAGGCUCCUCCCGGUCCAGGAGAAUUUCCUUCUUAAAUUCCAGGGUGUGAAGCUGACCUCUGAACAGUUCAACUCCAUCUUCAAUUUCUAUGAUAAAGAUGGGAAUGGCUACAUUGAUGAGCAAGAGUUGGAAGCUCUCCUACGAGACCUGUACCAGACCAAGAAGGAUGUGGAUGUGAAUAAUCUGAUGGGCUACAAGGAGAGCAUCAUGAGCCUGUCCGACGGUGGGAAGCUCUACCGUGGAGAGCUGGAAAUCGUCCUCUGCAGAGAUCCAAUUGUGUGACUUCUUCCUUCUCUCCAUUUGCAUAUCUUUGAUUUCUCUCUGCCUGCCUUGUCUUCUCUUUCUCUCUCUCUCUCUCUCACCCAUUUCCAGCUGAGUGGCAACAUAUGGUGCAUGUGCCAGACACGUCCCUUCCCCAUUCAUUUCCCCCAAAUAUUCCCAUUCUGAAAAAGACGAAAUGAUACGUGCACUGUCAGCACAAGAUAGCUCUUCUUCUUUAAAGUCAUAAUUUGUGAAUAAUGACCUCUCAGUGCUAACAUCUACCUGUUUACUGUCAGCUUGUCCUAAUUUACCACCUCUGACCUGAUCCCUGUCCAUGCCGUGCCUGAGAUGCAAAAAUUCAACUCCACAGAAUAAACAAACCCCCAAUCCUUGACCCGACUUCAUUAUCCAGAUCAUUUCCUUGCUCUGUCAGCUUUGCAGUGUACAAGCAAAUAUGCGGGCAGAUGUGGCUGAUUGAUUGCAUUUAAAUUCUGAAUAUUUUCCGUCUCCCGAAACCAUUAAAACCCGUGUGUACCAUUUCCCAUCAUACGGUUUUCAUUUUCAAUGUUUGUUUUUGGCUGAUGCUGUCAACAGAAGAUAUUAAUAAAGUAUCUUAAGAUAAAA